GUAUUUACAUUCUGCAUAGAUACAUAGAUAGAUAGUAAAACAUUGCCUUUUCUGUCUUUCUUUUCUCCAAAAAAUAAUUUAUAUGAAAUAACUAAAUAAUUAUUUAAAUUAACUGUAUUACAAUUUUUAUUGCAUUUGCAGAAUACUCUAGUAUCUGGAUUUCAGCAUGAACUCAAGCCACACUCAAAUAGACAUCACUCUGUGCUAUGAGUAUUUAAAUGGAUCUUGUCAUAAGGUUGUCUAUCCAAUGUUUUUGAGGGUGUCAUUUUACUUGGUCUUCAGCUUAGUGGUGAUUUUAACAGUGUUGGGAAACCUGUUUGUCAUCAUAACCAUUCUUCAUUUUAAGCAGCUGCACAUGCCAACUAAUUACCUUGUUCUGUCUCUAGCAGUAACUGAUCUGCUGCUGGGUGUUUUAUUUAUGCCUCCUAACAUGCUACGCUUUGUGGAGACUUGCUGGUAUUUUGGAACUUUAUUCUGUAAAGUACACAACAGUGUUUCCAUAAUGUUAAGUACAUCUUCAAUUAUAAAUCUGUCUUUUAUAUCCAUUGACAGAUAUUAUGCUGUAUGUCACCCGUUACUGUAUCACAGUAAAAUCACCUCGUUUGUCACAGUAAUUAUGAUUUCCAUCUGCUGGAGUGUUUCAACUGUAGCCGGAUUUGGAACAAUUUUUCUGGAUCUAAAUAUUCUGGGUGUUGAAGAGUUUUACUAUGAGAAUAUUGUUUGUGAAGGAGGCUGUGUGAUGUUUGAAAGUGCACCUGCAAGUAUUGCUUCAGCUGUCCUUUCCUUUUAUUUCCCAGGUGUUGUGAUGCUCUGUAUAUAUAUGAAAAUAUUCCGUGUUGCACAAAAACAAGCAAAGUCUAUUCAGGACUCAAAAUCUGCGAAGAACAAUAUAAAAUCAAUGUUAAACAAAGAGCAGAGAAAAGCCACCAAAACUCUGGCUGUAGUUUUGGGUGUAUUCCUCUCACUUUGGACUCCUUUUUUUGUCUGUUAUAUCACCAAACCUUUUAUUGGUCACUCAGUUUCUCCAGUAGUGCUUGGCAUGCUUGCUUGGAUUGGACUUAUGAAUUCUACUUGUAAUCCUAUUGUUUAUGCUUUCUUCUACAAGUGGUUUAGAAAAGCAUUUAGGAUUAUUUUAUCUGGUAAAAUAUUUCAGCCAGGGUCUUCAAGAACUGAUCUGUUUUCAAACUGAAACUGCACAACAUUUUAUAAAAUUAAAGGGAAUGAAAAUUGUCCUACAAAAUGUAAAUAAUAUAAUACAGGUAAUUGACAGCUGAACAAAGAAACAAUUUUGCCUUGUUAAUACAUUAGAUACCAGUGGGUAUCUUGUGUUAUGUUCGGUGAUGACACAGUUGUAAAUUGGCUAUUUACCUAUUAACCAGGCAUUUAAAACUGAAAGAUUUAUUGAAAUAAGACCCUUACGCAUGUUAAGUCUGGUAUUAGUAUUUAUUAAAAUAAAAUACUGAUUAGUUAUUAAAUUAAAUAAACACAAUAUGCUAUUCCUCCAUAUUCUUUUAAAAUAAAAUAAUUUUAAAUAGACUA